GACGCGAUGUUCGAUCGACGGACGCGCGCGAUCGCGCUCGCCGCGCUCGCGGGCGCGGCGUGCGGCGCGGGGGCGUAUUACGCGUGCGCGUCGCGCGUCUUCGCGCGCGACGACGACGACGACGACGACGACGACGAUGACGACGAUUACGACGACGACGACGCGCGGACGAGGCGCGCCGAAGCGUCGACGUCGAAAAAGCGCGCGCCGAUCGACGUGAAACACACGCGCGAGGUCUCGCGGACGUACGAGGCGCUCGAGCUCGCGUUCGCGACGCACGGGCUGGACGCGACGACGACGACGGCGCGGCGGCGGUUUCGCUUCGCGCGCCGCGCCGACGUCGGGACGCGGCCGAAGACGUACGCGGAGAUGGGCAUGCCGAGCGAUUGCGCGAGAUUGGUGAUACUGACGAUGGAGGACGCGCCGGCGAUCGUGAGCGCCGCGGAGCGGGCGACGCGAGAGUUGACGCGGCUGUGCGGGACGACGAUGGACGCGUACGCGCCGGGACGAGGAAGCCUGCACGUGACGCUGUUUCAUCUGAGUCGGACGUUCGAGUACGUGCGCGCGCCGGUGGAGUUCGCGAGCGCGGCGACGCUGCCGCCGAACGCGCCGAACGCGCGCGAGGACGCCGUCGCGUACGAGGAGAGCGCCGUGGCGGAGGCGCUGCGCGGGUGCGGCGAGUGCGAGCUCGAGGUCGAUCGCGUCUGCCUGGCGCCGAGCGGGUGUCUCAUUCUUUGUUUCAACGACGUUCACGGGAACGUGCAGACCAUUCGCGAGAGAUUGGCUCGGAGCGCCGUCGGCGCCGCGCGAGCGCAGAACGACACGGUGCACUGCACGCUCGCGCGACUCUUCGCCAGAGCCGACGGCUUUCAGAUGGACCCAGAGCGCGCGCGCGCCGUGCAGGCCAUGUGCGCCACCGUCACCAGCGCCCUUCGCGGCGCCCGUUUCAAGGCGCGCAGCGCGACGUACUGCGUCGAGCGCACGUUCAGUCACUGCGACGGUCGCCGCGCGAGAAUCUCUCUAGGCUAGCUCUUCGGG